GUUGUUUCGAUCGCCUGAGCUGUGUGAGUUCGAUCGUUCGAUCGAGGUUUUCGCCGUUCACCCGCUGUUCGUGCCUGUUCCUCGUCGUUCACGCCUCGCCGUUAACAGUGGCAAAAGGGAUUCGCGGAUUCGGACGUCUAUCGCGCGAUCAUCAGCCGGAACCAGAAGAGCUGUCACGAAGCGAUCGCGACGUUCACGUCGUUUGGGAUCACCGAUAUAUCGUACGCGCGUGUGCUGAGAAAGCGCGAGCGUGCGACACGAGACACCGUCGGUCUCUCCCUCGUCUUUUUCUCCUCUCGCGGGGAAGGAAGGCCAUAGCGUUGAUCGCACGGCACUCGGUACUCGCGGCGGUACUGAGUGACCUGCAGCACCCGGCAGUCAUCGAAAAGUGUACACGACGGCGGUCACCACGUACAUCACGCCGCUCAUCACCCCAGAGAAGAUGGUGACAAGGACAAAGAAGAUAUUCGUCGGUGGACUAUCGGCACCGACGACGCUGGAGGACGUGAAAAACUACUUCGAGCAGUUCGGCCCGAUCGAGGACGCCAUGCUGAUGUUCGACAAACAGACCAACAGGCACAGAGGUUUUGGCUUCGUCACGUUUCAAAGUGAGGAUGUGGUCGACAAAGUCUGCGAGAUUCAUUUCCACGAAAUCAACAACAAAAUGGUCGAAUGCAAGAAAGCACAGCCGAAGGAAGUGAUGCUCCCGGCGAACCUGGCGAAGACGCGAGCGGCCAACAGAGGCGCAUACGAUUUUAUGUGGUCCCUGGGAGCAUUACCUGAUGGUUUCCCAGCGGCGGCGUACGCGGCAUACGCGGCAAGCCGCGGCUAUUCUGGGUACCCUAGUUUCGGACUGCCCUACCCGACAGGAGUGCCGGCAGUGUACUACCACGGAACCGGAAGCGAGAACGCAAGCCGCGCGUAUACGGAGACACCGAUGCAACACGUCCAACGGACUGCGCUCCGGAAGAAAUUGGAUCUUACCAACGGACAGCUCACCCCCAACAACAACACGCCCUUGCUCACGCAAGCUCUUUCUGUGAUGAACAACUACCAGGCGGCCGCAGCGCAGGCCGGAUUUCCGCCGGCGUCGCCGCACGCGGCCGGUGGACAUGGUGGGCCACAGGGCCGGUCAUUUCCUGCGGCCAACUCGCCGGGCCCCAUCGACAUGUAUAGUUCAAGCGCCGCAGCCGCAGCAGCAGCCGCAGCCGCGGACUCAGCAGUCGCCAGCUACGUCCAGGCCGCAGCUAGUCCGCAGCCCCCUACGACCGCGUUCCCUGCGAUCGCCGUGUCUCGUGCCCCGCUCAACUACAGUCCCGGUCCUCUAAUACCAGCGGCGUUCACUAAUGGCUACCAUUGAGCCUUGUUAAGACCUAAUAACAGGAUGGACGAGAGGGCAGAGCGCAGCACGGUCGACUGACGGUACAAUGAGCGGUGUAAAUGCCUUGGAAAAAUUCACCAUGAUGAAUGAUCUCUGGACGGAAGAGGACGCGUACCAUCACGAGCAAUAAAACGAAGAAUCGCGAUUUAGGUAGAAGAAUAACGGUUUCCAACAAAAGGAGGCUUUUCGAUUUUGUAAACAUGAUCGAUCGAUUGCAACGAUCGAACGAAUAAAUAAUCGUGAUUCCCCAGCGGAGAAGAAAGGAAGAGAAUCAAAAUUGAAGAUAUUAGAAAAAAAAAAAUCAAGUAAACUAAGAAAUGUAAAAAAAAAAAAAAUAAAAAAAAAAUAAAAAAUAAAUUAAAAAUCAUUGAAAUGAUAAAAAUAUGAAAAAAAAUAAAUAUAUAUAGAAUUUAUAAAUCGCGAUACACGUCCAGAAAGUUUGCGAGAGAAGCAACAUGGUAGAGGGAGCGGAUAAAUAUAAGGAAAACGUAAAGGGCAGAAACUGCGUAAUGGUAGAUGUGGCCGAAACUGCGUAACAAUGCCCGUUCUCCGACAUUAAUAAAGAAUAAUAUAUUAAUAAUAAUGAAUUAAAUUAAUAUUAUUAAUUGCUAAAUAAUUAAGCGACUAAGUCUAGAAUAUAUAAAUAUUAUAUAUAUAAAUAUAUGAAUAUAUAUAAAUAUAUAUAUAUAUAUAUAUAUAAAUAAUUGAUAAAUAUUAGACGAUAACGUAUGGAUCCUUAGUAUUUAAGGCAGACGAUAAAGUCGCGGAAGAAUACCAACUUACAUACGAAAAUAUUAUUAUAAUUACUGGUUAUUAUUGUAUAACAUUAUGGCGAUUCUAAUUGAUUAUAACAAAAUGGAGAAAGAAGGAUGGAAAGCUGUGCGUCGUGUAAGCUCGCGCGCGUAGCCGUGCGCGUUAUACAUAUAUAUAAAUAUAUAAAUAUAAAUAUAAAUAUAAAUACAAAAAUACAAAUAUAAAUAUAAAUAUAAAUACAAAUAUAAAUAUAAAUAUAAAUAAUAAAAAAAUAUAAUUAUUAUAUACAUAUACGCGUAACUCCGUUCGCACCCGGGAAGAGAACCCGUCGUCUCUCUGUUGGGCUUUCGAGAAUUUUUUUUAGACAAGUAGCGGCGGAGUGAAGAGAGAAAGAGAGAGAGAGAGAGAAGCAAAAAAUAAAUAAAUAAAUAAAUAAAAAUAAAAUAAAAUAAAAAAGAUGUACAAGGAAUUUUUUGAGAAGCGUGAGUCGACGACAAGGAGGAGCACCCGACACGAAUGUUUGAAGGGUAGUGUCGGGCCGGAAGGGAGAUUUGGGAGACGAGACGACGAGGGCGUUAGGCAGGCCAAGAGUGGGCUUCGCCCUUUUCCUUUGUUUCUUGCGCGCGCGUGUCCGCCACUUCUCAGCGUGCUCUUUGCCGACUGAAUGCCGGAAUGGCACUUCUCUCUCGCGUCCCGUCGUUGAAGCACUUUUUCCCUUUUCCCGGGUGUGCAACGAGGGAGAAAAGAGGACGAAUAAAGCACGGAAAGAGCAAGGAGAGGGAGGUUGCGUACAUAGACGUAGGCACGCGUGUUACACGGAUGACGUGACGCUGUUUGCAUUGCUUAUCGUGCGAGGGAUGAAAGAAAAAAAAAAAAAAAAGAAAAAAGAAGAGAAAGGGAAGAGAAAACGCGGGGGCCCUCGAGCCAAGAUCGACGGAUUGGAACUCGCGAGGCUUUAUGUAAGUUAUAGGAACGAAGAGAGAGAGAGAGAGAAAAGAAACAAUAGGGAGAAGGACGAAAAAUGGAAAUGAAUACUGCUUUUAAGAUGCGUAUCGAUUGAGGGAAGAAGAGAUGGCCAUCGCGAAGAAUACUAUUCUACAGAGAAGGAAGAAAGCGAGAGAGUACAUUAAACAUACAUACAGGGUCGCGAGAUCUAUGUAAAAGGACGCUAGGCCUCCGAACGUUGCAUCGUUCAAAAUCUGUAUCCUAUCUAGUGGCGAAAACCGAUGACCGGUGAAUUUCACAGGCUAUUGUGUAGCUGUCCAAUCGAUUAGUUACAUUAACCUCGGCCCAUACAUACAUAUUACACGCGCGCGAAUUAUUGUACCAUUGAUUUACCAUAAUGGCAGCUAUGCAUGACCCUAUGGAUGAAAGCCAGCUAUGGAAACACGAGCAAUGUUCGACGGCACGCAUUUCACACAAGCUCACUGUGAACAUACAUAAUAAACCAUCCACACACUUCCACGUUCAAUCUGUACACGCAUUACAUGCACACAUACAUACAUACACACAUAUACACGAUCCGAAACACAAUAUUAAUAUACGCUUUCAUACGCGUCCGCGGCUUUUUAAACAAAUUAUAAAAACACACGCCUAUAUAAAAAAAAAUAAAUAUAUAUUAAUACAAAUACACGCAGCUACGCAACAACGGGAAGAACCAUACGCAACCAUCAAGUUACGCGAGACAAGAUUCUGUUAAGAGGAGAACAAAUAUAUAUUAUACAAACAUACGCGUGUAUUCAGUCAUUAUACCGUGCGUCCGUAUAUGUACAGAGCGUUAGUUAACGGCGAGAUACCGUGAGAUAUCGUCAAAAUGCGUGAGUUAAAGCGGAGAUUAAGAGUAACGCGUGCGAUAACGAUGAUAAUUUCGAGACGAAGCGAGAUUGUGCGUCUUCUAUAUACCCCUGUGUGUGAGAAAGAAUGAGAGAGAACGUGCUGAUACGUGUGUGCGAGCGAGAGAAAGAGAGAGUCAUUAAAUCUUUAAGAUUGAGGAACACGGUCAUCUGAAAAUGCCAUUUGCGAAUUAAAACGAAGAAGAAGAAGAAAGAGAAAAAAGAGAAAAAGAGAAAAUUGUAAAAUUUAAAUGCGAGCUAACGUGGCGUUGAACGUGAGAGAACAAUAAUCGCGUAUGGUAGCCUUAAUCAGGGAAUAACUGAUUGACAUCAAAAGAUUCUUGCGUUUUUUCGCGCUUAAAAAAAAAACAUUUCGCUGAUCAAAUGGACAAAGGGCGCGAACGGGGAUACUCCAUUCGAUUAUUCGUAAUUGGUCUAGGUUAAAAUAUUAUGUAAUAUCAUACGGGAAACAGGGAGGUAUAAUUUUAUUCGUUUCGUUUUUCGGCGCACGUGUAUAUUUUGUAAAACUUAACUUAAACCUUCGAGAAAGGGUUCAGAGGGCUUGAAGGGCAUCGCGACGCUCGGAUCUUCCUGAAGGGGAGAGAUUGAAAAAAAAGGAAAGAAAAAACAAAAAAAUAAACCGUCGACGUGCAUAAACUCAUUCCGCGGAUUGUAUAAUUCGAGUUUUUUUGUUGAUAUAUUGCUGAUAAAAACUGUUUUCGUACGAUACUAUUAUUGCUAUUAUUAAAUUCGCCAAGCGAGAGUCAACGAGCGAUUAUUAUAAUUAUAAUUAUUAUGAAACGAUGGAUAUACGUGCGACAAUUCUAGGUACGGUUAUUAUUGUAUUCAACAACAGGGUAAAAACAAAAAGAAAAAAAAAAAAAGAAAAGAAGAAAGAAUUGAAAAAUAAGAAUGAUUUUAAAUUAUGGGACGCGUGUCACGUCGAACGGCGGCCAUUUUGUUUUCCUGUGCGCGGGUAUGCGUGCGCACGAUGAGAAAAAAAUUCAAACAAAGGAAAGAAAAAA